AUGAAGCUGAACAUUCCCGCCACCGAUUUGCCAGAGGACGACAUCGAGGACCCCCUGAUUGAAGAGAUCGCACCCUGGAUAGAUAACGCCGGGGACAGCAGUGACACCGACGACGAGACCGAGGCCACACCAGUCGAAGAAGAUCCCAACACUGCGCAGACCAUAGCCAGCAGCACGGUGAUCGACAACGCGUCCGAGCUCGUCCAGAACGACUGGGACCCGACCUGCUUCGAGCAUGAAGGGGCGUCGGCGCAGUGCCUGUUGCGCAUCCAGGACGACAUGCUGGACCUCUUCCAUAAUCCACUCCCGGGUGUUCUCAUCGAGGCUAAAGAUAUCAGCCGGUUCCACGUGGCUAUGGUGGGCCCCUCAGGCACGACGUACGAGGGCCGCUUGUUACUGUUUCUGCUACAGUGCCCCCCGAACUUCCCGACACGGUCGCCACGUGUUCGCCUCCUGAACACUCAUGGUGCAAGCCUCGGCCCCAAUUUGUGCGCAAGCGGCAAGGUGUGUCUAGACAUUCUGGGCACCACGGACACCUUGCACGUGGAGCCCCGCGCACACCAUCAAGAUGGUGCUCACGGCUAUCCAGUCGCUGCUGACGGAGGCGGUGUGAUUUACUUGUCUCUGACGGGAAGAGAACACAAAGGUUGUGGAUAG